CGUCUCCUCCUCGAUCCGCAUAUGUCUCAUGGUCAACAUGACAUCAAGGAGCAGACGUCAUUGGAUAGCACAACGUCACUCAGACACUCCCCCAAUGCCGUUGUAGCAUAUUGUAUUGUACAUCGUGGCUGUCGAUCGCCACCUCUACUUCCGGGGUAAAGUGCUCUAGAUAUAUACCUUACUCUCUUGCAAAACCCAUCAAGACAUAUCCCCCCCCCCAACAAAAACAAUAUAGGUACCUAAAGUACCUAACCAACCUACCAACAAUGACGGAACACAAAUCCCCUAUGGAUCUCAAAUUCGACGAGCUCCCAGAUCCCAGACGCGUUUGGGUCGGGAAACCGGGAAGCCGCGAAGAAGGCCUCGGACGACUAGCGCUGCUGACGGAAGACCGCGUGCGCCGGGCGGCGGCGCAGGAGAUCCGCACGGGCCGGCGCGUCGGGCUGAACUGGGACGUGCGGAAGCUGGAGUUCCCGAAUCUGGGGAGAUCGCCGUGUCGCCACCAGAUAGUGCCGAUCCUAGGGGGCGUUGCGUUCGACGAUGUUUAUACGAUGAAUCCUCAGCAAAGCAGUCAAUGGGACGGUCUCCGCCACUGGAGCGCGAAACAGUCCGGUCCUCCAGCCGACCAGCAGGAGCAGGAAGGCGAACGCGUAUUCUACGGCGGAACAACCAAAGACGAAAUCCUCGACCGGUCGAGCGACCGCAUCGGCACGCAGCACUGGGCGCGCGAGGGGAUCACGGGCCGCGGCGUGCUGAUCGACUACGCGCGCUGGGCGGCGCGGCGCGGCAUCCGGUACUCCGCGUUCUCGACGCACGCCGUCACGCUGCGGGACAUGCAGGACAUAGCCCGCGAGCACGACCUCGCGUUCGAGCGCGGGGACAUCCUGCUCGUGCGGAGCGGCGCGAUACGAGAGUGGGAGCACGGGAUGGAUACUGCGGCAAAGACGGCGUACGCGGCGUCGCGCGCCCCGGAACACGCCGGCGUGGAGGCUACUGCGGAGGUGCUGCGGUGGCUGUGGGAUACCGGGUUCGCGGCGGUGGCGGGCGACGCGCUGUCGUGGGAGGUGUAUCCGCCGCAGAGCGACGUGUUCCUGCACGAUGUUCUGCUUGCCGGAUGGGGGAUGCCUAUUGGAGAGCUAUUUGACUUGGAGAGACUAGCUGAGAUCUGCGAGGAGCUGAACCGGUGGUCGUUCUUCUUUACUUCCAUGCCGCUUAAUAUGCCCGGUGGUGUAUCGUCGCCGCCGAACGCGCAGGCGAUAUUCUAAGAGAGGAAAACCUUGACUAACAGCAUGCUGCUAGUUAAUGGAAUGUAAACAUGACUAUGUUGGCUG